UAGAACUUGAUUUGAAUGACUGAACCCUUUCCUUUUUCUUUUGGUGCACUUAUGAAUUUUCAAUUGCAGGGCAAAGAGAUGAAGAUUAGCUUGGGAGAGAUGCAUUUCUCGUCAUUUGUUUACUCAUUCGCCUCCCUAGAGUCAAUACUCAAACAUGCUUUUGGGCUGAAAAAUAUAGACCUCUCCAAAACCCGGAACAUUGAGGAAGUUGGGAUUCGAGGUUUGCUGAUCAUGGAACACUGGUUUACUCAAGGAAAAUGUUCUGCCCAUUUUUUUAUGGAGCAGCUGGGUAAUAGCGCAGAUGCCAAGCUGUCAAUGGUCGAUGGCGUGAUAUACAAUGUAAGUUCAAAUCCUAAUGGUUUAAGCUUUUAGGAAAUUGCUUGUUCAACAUGGUGUCAGAGCUCUAUGAACCCAAAUCUGGUUGAAACUUUUAGGAAAAUUGGUUAUUGAA